UACACGGUCACACUGAGCCCGCGUCGUUUUGUUUUUUGUUUAUUUUUUUUGGUUGCCAAUUCAACUAUUAUAUUUUAUGAAUAGUUGAAAUCUUAAAUGUCAUGGCGUUUUCGCAGUCAUUUAAUUUCGGGAACAGCACCUUCAUGGAGCUGGAAAAGGGUAUGCAAGCGGCCGGAAAGGAGAAUACGCACUCUGGAAAUGCCAAUGUCAAAGGAGCAAUUGCUGGCAAGGAUUCGAAGGUGGCCAGCCAGGAUAACUACUCGGAGUUUUUCCGCGACGAGUUCUCCUACGAAGUCAAUCAGGCCAAGAAGCCCCCGGAGCAGUCCCUGAUCAACUUGUCCCAGGUUGUGGAGCAUCUGGAAGGAGUUUCCCACCGGGACUCCGGAGAUGUGAGCACCUCAUCCGCAUUCGAUGCCCAAAUUUGCACGGAAGAUGUGUUCGAUACGGAGGACAAGGACAAUGACAAGGUGCUUCCCAAUCUGGACGAGAGUAGCUUCCUUUGCCCCGCCCAGGAUGCGGAGGCUUCCCAACAGCUCAAGGAGGACAUUCUGCGCAGUCGGUGCGUCCUGGCCAAGCAGAGUGGCUACCAGGAAACCUCGCGGAUCAGCCAGAACCUGAGCAGCAUGUCCCCAAACCAACUGCGAGUGUCACCCAACUCGUCCAGCGUUCCUGAAGCGGCGGUGCCCGUGAGUAGAGACCCACCUCCCGACCUGGAGUCCCUCAAAUCCAUAGCCGCGUGGAACCUGCCCCACAGCAUUCAGGCUGAGUACCAGAAGAAGGGCGUCGUCCGAAUGUUCGACUGGCAGGUGGAGUGCCUCUGCAAGCCAAGGGUGCUCUUCGAGCACUGCAACCUCGUGUACUCCGCACCCACGUCGGCGGGCAAGACGCUGGUCAGCGAGAUCCUGCUGCUGAAGACCGUCCUGGAGCGCGGCAAGAAGGUGCUGCUAAUCCUGCCCUUCAUCUCGGUGGUGCGCGAGAAAAUGUUCUACCUGCAGGAUUUGCUCACGCCGGCCGGCUACCGCGUGGAGGGAUUCUACGGGGGCUACACACCUCCCGGCGGCUUUGAGAGCCUCCAUGUGGCCAUCUGCACCAUCGAGAAGGCCAAUUCGAUUGUGAACAAACUGCUGGAGCAGGGCAAACUGGACUCGAUAGGCACCGUGGUGGUCGACGAGGUGCAUCUCAUUUCGGACAAAGGACGCGGCUACAUACUGGAACUGCUGCUGGCCAAGAUCCUGUACAUGUCGCGACGCAAUGCCCUGCAGAUCCAGGUGAUCACCAUGUCCGCCACCCUGGAAAACGUGGAACUGCUGAAGAGCUGGCUGGACGCCGAACUGUACAUCACAAACUACCGUCCGGUGGCUCUCCAGGAAAUGAUCAAGGUGGGCACCAAGAUCUUCGACCAGCAGCUGAAGUUCCUGCGCGAUGUAUCGCAGCAGAAGGAGAUGCGUCAAGCCUUAGGCAACGAUUCCGACGAUGUGGCCCUGCUCUGCAUUGAGACGCUGCUGGAGGGCUGCUCCGUCAUCGUGUUUUGCCCCUCAAAGGACUGGUGCGAGAACCUGGCCGUCCAGCUGGCCACUGCCAUGCAUGGUCUCAUCAAAUCCGGAUCCGAACUGGGCCUGCGUCUGCGGGCCAAUCUCAAUCCGGCGGCCAUUGAGGAGGUGAAACAGCAAUUAAGGGAUAUCCCCACAGGUCUCGAUGGGGUCAUGUCCAAGGCUGUUACCUACGCCUGCGCCUUUCACCAUGCCGGUCUGACCACGGAGGAGCGAGAUAUUGUCGAGGCCUCCUUCAAGGCGGGAGCGCUAAAGGUUCUGGUGGCCACCAGCACACUGAGCUCCGGUGUUAAUCUGCCUGCUAGGCGAGUGCUCAUCCGAUCGCCUUUGUUCGGGGGCAAGCAGAUGAGCUCCCUGACUUACCGCCAGAUGAUCGGACGAGCAGGGCGCACGGGCAAGGACACGCUGGGCGAGUCCAUCCUCAUUUGCACGGAGAGCAACGCCCGAAUUGGCCGAGAUCUGGUCUCGGCGCAGCUGCAGCCCAUUACUUCCUGCCUGGAAAUGGACGGAAGCACCCACUUGAAACGCGCUCUUCUGGAGGUAAUAUCUUCUGGUGUGGCUAGUACGAAACAGGACAUUGACUGUUUUGUGAACUGCACGCUGCUGAGUGCCCAGAAGGCCUUGGAGGCGAAAGAGCAAUCGCCGGAGGAUGACUCUGACUCCCACUACAUCAGCGACGCCCUGGACUUCCUUGUGGAGUACGAGUUCGUGCGCCUGCAAACGGAUGAGGAGGCGGAGACCACGGCCUAUGUGGCCACUCGACUGGGUGCCGCCUGUCUGGCUUCUUCAAUGCCGCCCACUGACGGCCUCAUUCUCUUUGCGGAGCUGCAGAAAUCUCGUCGCUGCUUUGUGCUGGAGUCUGAGCUCCAUGCUGUCUACCUAGUGACGCCCUACUCCGUGUGCUACCAGCUGCAGGACCUCGAUUGGUUGAUUUAUCUGGACAUGUGGGAGAAACUAAGCCCGGCCAUGAAGAAAGUGGGUGAACUGGUGGGGGUGAAGGAAGCAUUCCUCGUGAAGGCAAUGCGUGGCCAAACGAAACUGGACUACAAGCAGAUGCAGGUGCACAAACGUUUCUACACGGCUCUAGCCCUGCAGGAGCUGGUAAACGAGACGCCCAUAAACGUGGUGGUGCACAAGUUCAAGUGCCACCGCGGCAUGCUGCAGAGUCUGCAGCAAAUGUCCUCCACGUUCGCGGGCAUUGUCACGGCCUUCUGCAACUCCCUGCAGUGGUCAACCCUCGCCCUGAUCGUGUCCCAGUUCAAGGAUCGACUCUUCUUUGGCAUCCACAGGGAUCUAAUCGACCUAAUGCGGUUGCCCGAAUUGUCGCAGAAGAGAGCACGAGCUCUUUUCGAUGCAGGAUUCACCAGCUUGGUCGAGCUGGCCGGCGCCGAUGUCUUGGAGUUGGAGAAAGUGCUCUAUAACUCGCUCAGUUUCGACUCCGCGAAGCAGCACGACCACGAGAACGCGGAGGAAGCGGCCAAGCGCAAUGUGGUGCGGAACUUCUUCAUCACAGGAAAGGCGGGCAUGACCGUGGGUGAAGCUGCCAAACUGCUCAUUGGCGAGGCUCGCCAGUUUGUUCAGUACGAGAUCGGAGUGGGCAGCAUUAAGUGGACCCAAACGCAGCCGGAGGUGAGUUCAGAAGGCGAGUCGGUAAACAGUGGCGAGGUGGUGGAUAUUCACAUGUCGCUGGAGGAGGAGCAAGUCCGAAACCAGCCGCCAAUAAAGCGAAAGCUUUCAAGCGAGGAAAAAGGUAUCGCCGAAGGUGCCUCCACCCACAAGAUUCCCAAACUGAAUCCACUGAAGGAACAAAAAAAUAUAUCACAAAAUAGCCUUCUAGGCGGAGCUGUUAACCGGACUGAAAGUAUUGCUAGCCAAAGGAAUAUAACCAAAACUCCCUUAGGAUCAAUCCCAAAUCAUUCCGACGGAUUGAAGGCAAAUAGUUUAAAGCCUAAAGAGAAGGCACCGGAAACAUUAGAAACUCGACAGAUUGUUGCCAACAGCAAUGGUCAAUCGUCUGAGAAGCCUUUGGAGAAGGUGGAGAGCCGAGGCCACAUUAAGUUUGAUCCGGUUAUAAGAUCUGCUGAAAAGAACACGGUUAAUACUAGGUCUGUGGUUGCUAUCAACGGGACACAACCGGGAACAGUUGAUAAAGCUCAAGAGAAGGUGCCAUCGUACUCUAGUUUGCCUAAUCAAAUACAAAGUAACUCAAGCGGGGACUUGCCAAAACAAAUCCAGAGACAAGGCUCGGAGAUUAAAAAGGAGAGUUCUGAUAACCCACCUGCAAUCGAAGAGAAACCCACUACCAGUCACAAUGCCCGGAAGGAGAUGCUUAGAAAGGAAAUGGCCGAACGUCGAAGGAUUGCAUUAAUGAAGAUUCAGCAAAAAUGCGCAGAAAGGGAGAGCCAGCAAAAAGAUCAGCACAUACAGACAGCAAAAUCUACACACCUUCCCCCUGACCACAUCCCAAGUAGUAAGGCGACCCGAAACAGUCCAGAUCUGGGAACACCAAACCGAAAUACAGUAGUCAGCAAGGCAAUGCCAUUCAAAACGCCUGCCAGCGCAAGUAGAGAAUCUUCGGGAACCCCCACUAGUGGGCCAAGUAGAAUGUCAUCUCCUCAACUGCCCCGCAGAAGUCCACGAAAUCACAAUCCAUCCCCGACCACCACUCCGAAUCGCACUGCCUCAAGGAAGACUUCCACCGCUUCCACCGCAGAGCAGGAUCUGUUCAUGGCCGACGACUCCUUCAUGCUGAACACCGGACUAACUGCUGCUCUCACGGCCGCCGACAGCAAGCUCCCUGUUUCCUUGGAGGCGGAUGAGAUCCCCAGCUCGCAGCCCAAGGAACCAGAGGUGAUCAGUGCCCUGACUCCACAUGCAUCGCGGAUGAUGCGCUCCUACCAGCUGCGUUCGCAGCGCUUGCAGAGCCCCAGUGCCAGAUCGACUGGCAGUGCAACCGGAGCCUCGACCAGUGAAACCGAAUCGGAAUCGAAAGUCCAGUCCUCCAGUGCGGCUUCCUCUUUGGAACUCUCGGACAUGUCCAUGGAGAACUCGUUAAUGAAAAACCCCAUGCAGCUGAAUGCAUCGCACAUCCUGAGCUGUUCCAAGGCUGAUGACAGUGCUUCCAGCUUCGCGUCCAUAGACAUAAUCGACGUGUGCGGAAACAGGCAGUUGUUCCAGGGCGCCCUCAUGGAGCUCCACGAGGCCACGCGUUGCGGCUUCAGCGUGGGCCUGCAGGCGCAGGCGGGCCGGCAGAAGCCCCUGAUCGGUGGCCACCUGCUGAUCAACCAGGUGGCGGCGGCCGAGCAGCGGGAGGCGGCUGGCGGCAGGCAGGUGCUCUUCCAGGUGGACGACAGCAGCUUCAUCGCCGGCCUAUCCUUCUGCCUGGCGGACAAUGUGGUCUACUACAUGAGCCUGCAGGAGGAGGUGCAGGCGAGGGGCCAGGUAGUGCCCACCAGCCUGAAGGUGCAGGAGCUGUGCAAGCUGAUGGCUCGGAAGGAGCUCACGCUCAUCAUGCACGAUGGCAAGGAGCAGCUGAAGAUGCUGCUCAAGGCAAUGCCGCAGCUGGAGAAGAUCAGCGUCAAACUGGAAGACCCCAAAGUGGGCAACUGGCUGCUGCAGCCGGACAAGACAAUGAGGUUUCACAACAUGUGCCAGCAAUUCGCUCCAGAGUGCACUGCGCUGGCCGAUCUCUGUGGCAGUGGUCGUGGCUACAGCAGCUACGGCCUAGACACCUCCAGUGCCAUUCUUCCCAAGAUCAGGGCGUCCAUCGAGGCCUGUGUGACAGUGCACAUCAUCAAGGGCCAGACCGAGAAUCUUGAGAGGAUCGGCAAGGGUGAAUUGCUGAAGUUCUUCCAAGAUGUCGAGAUGCCCAUUCAAAUGUCUCUUUGCCACAUGGAGUUCGUGGGCUUUCCGGCCAAGCAGCAACGCCUGCAGCGGCUCUUCCAGCAAAUGGUGGCCGUCAUGAAGAAGCUGGAGGUAAAGAUCUACGAGCAGCACGGCUCCCGCUUCAAUCUCGGCUCGACGCAGGCCGUGGCCAAGGUGCUGGGACUGCACCGGAAGCCCAACGGACGGGUGACCACCUCGCGCCAGGUGCUGGAGAAGUUGGACUCGCCCAUCUCGCUGCUCAUACUGGGCCACCGAAAGCUGGGCGGGCUUUUGGCCAAGAGCAUUCAGCCGCUGCUCAAGUGCUGCCAGGCGGACCGAAUCCAUGGCCAGAGCAUCAGCUACACGGCCACGGGUCGCAUCUCCAUGACGGAACCGAAUCUGCAGAAUGUGGCCAAGGACUUUGCAUUGAAAGUGGGGCCGGAUGCCAUCAAUAUAUCCUGUCGAUCGGCAUUCGCACCCCAGGACGAGGGGCGAUGCCUCCUCUCAGCGGACUACUGUCAACUGGAAAUGCGAAUCCUGGCCCAUCUGUCCCAAGACAAGGCUCUGCUGGAGGUGAUGAACUCGCCGCAGGACCUGUUCACGGCCAUUGCGGCGCGCUGGAACCGCAUAGACGAGUCCGAGGUGUCGGAGCCCAUUCGCAACGGCACCAAGCAGAUCUGCUACGGCAUUGUCUACGGCAUGGGCAUACGCAGCCUGGCCGAGUCCCUCAAGUGCCAGGAGCAGGAGGCGCAGAUGGUGUGCGAGCAGUUCCACCAGGCCUACAAGGGCAUACGGGAGUACACGCAGAAGGUGGUCAAGUUUGCCCGCAACAAUGGCUACGUGGAGACCAUCAUGGGCCGUCGCCGCUACCUGGACCACAUCAACAGUCCCGAAGAGCAGAUGAAAAAUCAGGCUGAGCGCCAGGCCAUUAACUCCACCAUUCAAGGCGGUGCUGCGGAUAUUGCGAAAACGGCCAUUUUGAAGAUGGAGAAGAACAUGGCCCGCUACCGAGGAAAACUGGGCUUGGGGGAGCAAUCGGUUAACCUGGUCAUGCAUCUACACGACGAACUAAUCUUUGAGGUGCCAGCCGACAAGGCCAAGAAAAUAGCCAAAGUGCUCAGCCUCACCAUGGAGAACUGCGUUAAACUUAGUGUGCCGCUCAAGGUUCGGCUGAAGAUCGGACGCAGCUGGGGUGAACUGCAGGAGAUUAGGGUGUAG